UCAGAAGAGCACAUUUAUGUCUUUAAUCCCAACUAACUUCCAUAAAGUCCACAAACACAUGAAGUCAAUCCGAAUUAAAGUGCAUUUCAAAUGGAAACUGUUGCGUUGUGUAUCAGACGCGCUCUGUGCUGACAGUGAGCAGGUGAAGGGGGCGGGGCUAAGCGAGGAUUGCGUGCGCGGGCUGUCAAUCAAAUUAAUCCCCGCCUCUGAAACCAAUAGCAACCGGAUGUUUGGAUACCGUUCACGCUGUUUAGUCGGAAUAAAGUUGUUUUUUCUAUAUAACAACGCCAUAAAUCUCUUAAUCAGAGACAUGAGUUCAAAGAGACCCAAGAGCAAAGAGGCCCGUAAAAUCAAGGGAAAAGAUAAAAAAAAGGAGAAUAAUUUUCCCACCGCAGAUGAAGGUGCAUCAGAACCUGAUCAUCCCGACUACAUCUUCCCACUGGUCCUGACCUCUGCCACACAGGAGCUGUUUGGUUGCCGGUCAGAUGAGGAUUUAACCGGAGAAAAUCCUUACAAGCUGCUGAAAAAAGAAGACAUCAUACAGGACAUGAAAACCAGAGCGUCCGUGUCUGACUUCAGCCCCAUCAAACAAUUAGUGCUGGACUACCCUGAAGAUGAACUUCUGCUGGUGUUCGACAGAGACUUCAUAUACGGACAGAGCUUCUAUCUGCCUUUAGUACAGGGUGAUGAUGAAGAGCAGAUAAAGCAUGAAGAGGAGGAGGAGGAGGAGAUGAUCAUACCAAAAACUCCAGAGUCUCACCCAUGGAUCUCUCUGGGAAGCGAGCAGGAGAUCGAGGAAGAGUCAGUCACAGAGUCCAGACCCAGACUCAGGUAUAAGAUCUCUCCUCUGCUGCGGCGCUGUGGUGCUCCGGUGUGUUUCUCCGACCGCAGCGCUCUGGACGGGAAGGAGGGAUUCAUGGAGUGCCCGUCAUACCAGGACAAGAGCUUCAGCAUCAGAGAGAUGGAGAGACACACGGCCAUUCAGGCCUCCAGCGACACCAAACACUCAUCCACUCAGACACUGUGGAAGUACCCAAGGAACAUGUGGACCCAGUACGAGUCCCGAAAGUUCGGCCCGGAGGAGAAAGAACAUCACCUGCGAUCAGAAAACCUGAAGAACUUCAUCACAUCUGUACUGAUAAGGUUUGAAAUCUCCCUGCAGCAGAAUCACAUCACUGAUGUUUUCUGUGACGACUGGACGGCACUGUGUGAGGAGGACGGCGCGCUGACGGGGAAAACAGAGACGCAGCUGAAGGAAUAUCAGUCCUUCAUGGACCUUCACUUCAGCAAAGAGAAAACCAUCAGCCACAUCCACUGGCAUCCCACCAUCAGCG